UUCAGAACGUGGUCAGACGUGGUAGCGCGUGGUCGUGGAAUUUUCCGAGAAAAACCCUAAGGAAAAAUCAAACAGUGCGAGGCAGCAGAAGCAACAACAACAACAACAACUAACUAGAGCAAAGGAAAUUUGACAGACUUUGAUGUGAACCGGAAACGAGGGUAAAGGCUAAAAAAGCAAAGGAAAAUAGAAAAAAAAAACAGAAACAGGAACAGAGGAGCCAGGCCAAUAGUGUGCAAAUUGAUAUAGUCGGAGCAGCAUGGAUGAGGAGCACGACGACGAUCGAAUAAUAUGAGAUUAGAUGGGGCUCUAGAGCCCCGGCCCCGUCAAGGAGCUGCCAUCUUCAAGGGCCGCGAACCAUGUGAGACACAGCAACAGCAGCCAGCUGAUGAAGACGACGAGGCCACAGACGCUGAGUGUUUGACCACCAACCACAGCAUCAGCAGCAACAAUUGCCAAGUCAACUUGGUCCUCAAACCAGAGAGAACAACAUCAACAACGCCCAAGCCCACGUCCACGCCCAGAAAAACAACUGGAGGCAGAGGUAAAGGCAACACCACCAACACCGCUGCCGUGAAAGCGCGUACCAUUUUAAUGGCGCCCAACGUGGGGCAUCAGCGGAAGAGCCUUGGCCUUCGACUUCCGAUGAAGCAGGGCCGCAGGAUGAUAGGAUCUGGCUGGGAAGGCCUUAACGGCCUGGUCCUGUGCCUGAUUUCCGUUAUUGCCCUGCUGCCGCCGCUGACGCUCGGCGAUGACGGUGACAAUUUCUUUGCCGUGAAUGCCUUUAGCGCGGGUCCGGAGACGACAACGCCAGAGUUUGAUUAUGCCAGCCGCGGGCAAAAGAAGUUCGGCGACAAGUGCGAUAAUACUUUGGAGUGCGGCUUCCCCGGCUCCAUUUGCGAUCCCAAGAAGAAGUCCUGCCAGUGCACCGAGGAUCUGCCCGUCACCAAUCACAUUGACAAAUGUGGCAAAGAGGCCGCCGUGAACGAGUCCUGCUUCUUCAACGAGCAGUGCGAGAUGCGAUACUUCCAGACGGAGUGCCGGGAUGGGCGCUGCAUCUGCCGGUUCGAGAUGUCGCCCUUUUGGGACAAGGACGGGUCCGUGGAGUGCAAAGGGCGCCAGGACAAGAGGGGACCCGAGACCUACAUCGAUCCGGCCAUGAUUGGCGUGCUGGUAGGAAUGGCAUUGAUGUUUGUUAUUAUUUGUGUCGUCCUGCGAUUGUUUAGCCAAGCUCGCUGGCGUGAGAACCGGACCAUCUUCAAUACGCCCAAUCCUCGCCUGAUGAACGUCUCCCUGCUGCGGGAUAGCAAACUGCUCCAUGGCCAAGAGCGCCGAGGAUCCAGGAUGUCGGUGCGGGCCCCAUCCCGGCAGCCCAGCAUGGCCUCCCUGAGACCCCACUCCCCCAAUCCGUCGCUAGGUAAGACAGGAUCCCAUUCGGAGUCGCAUGGCAGCAAUGCAUCGGCCGCCUCGGUUCGCUCCCAACGCAGCAACUCGGUGGCUCCCCAAGGCAAGGUGGCCCACCAUGAGCGCCACGGAUCCGCCCAUCGCCAGCACCACCCACAUGGACACCAGCCGAAGGAGCAGCCCCAGUCGCCGCAGGACCAGUCGCUGAUCACCAACAUCACCACAAAUCCGGUGGCCGAGAGCGUGACCGUGGAGAUCAUCGAGCCGGGACAGAAAUAAAGAUGAGCAACGUCAGCAGCAGGAUCGAAAAUUUAAAGUAUAUAGAGCAAGAUGGCAUAGGCGAGAUUAACUGGCUAACUCUCUGACACACGAACACUGGACACGAAAUGCAAAUAGAAACAUAUAGUCACGAUAUAUGCACGCGAUAAUAAGGCGGGUCCGCUCCCAAAAGGGGCGUGGCACCGGCAACAAACACACAAAACAAAAAAAAAAAUCAAAUACACAUGAGGCCAUUGUUCGACUCUUUUUGACAAAGACAAUUUUUGCAAUUAAUGGAAAUUUUUUAAACAAACCAAUUAUAUACUUAUUAUAUAAAUAGGGAGCAUAUGAAAAAAACGAACACACACAUACACCCAGAACAAUGCUAAAUGAAUUACUUACGUACGACUACACCGUAAAAAAUAAUUGAAAAAAAACCUUGCAUAACAAAUUCAUACUACUCUUUUUUUCAACCAAAAAAAACAAAAAAAAAAACAAACAAACAAAGAAAAACGAUAAAACC